CACCCAGUUGCAAGUAUAAAGCCUGCCAAACCUCUUGAGAGCAAUGAACGUCCAAGUCCAGUCGACUUGAACUUCAGAUCGCUGAUAUAUGGGCAGCUAGUCAUCGCCAUGAAGUUCACUACAGUCUGUGCCAGCCUGCUGUGGCUCGGGCAGGCCAACAGUUUCACCGUUUCUCCGCUCCAGCCUCGACAGCAGUUCAAGGCGGAAGUCUUUUCCACCGAGGAGAUUAUCCCCACCGACAGGACUGUCAAGAUAGAGUCGACUCCCGUGCCUACCGGUACUCGAGAGGUGCUUCCCGGUCUCCCCGAGGGUGUUGCGCCGCAGACGACCGGUACCGUCUACACCGACAUUUCUUCCCGGAGGAACCCACUCUUGACAAGUUCUAUUCCCGAACCGCGCAGGCUGCUCAAGCCUGUUGCCUCACCAACUCUGGAAGCAUACGGAGCCGAGAUGACUACAGUGGACAUGGACAAGCGCCAGAGCGCCGACAUCUUCGCCAACCCCAUUGGUACCAAUGGACCCCCUUCCCAGAUCCCGAGGCGUAGCGACCAUCCCGUCUCCCACGGUACGAUUGUCAAGAAUGGCGUCCUCUCCACCAACAAGUUCUACGCUGGCUUCCACUUGGGAUCCCAGACAGACCCCAUCUACCCCUUCCCCUAUGCCCUGCAGUGGCCUCGCGGCGGGGGGGUCGCCCGCAGCUGGGGCAUCUCCAUCUCGCACUCUGAGGAGCGCCAGCGUGUUUUCGGCGCCGACAAGUUCAACGGUGCGGCCGAGUACUAUCUCAACCCCGUGGGCAUCCAGUCCAUGAUUUUGUCCGCUGUCGAGCUGGGGUCUGCCACGGUGAUGCAGCUCGAGGAUGUUACGGCCUUCUCUGCUCGUGCCGUACUCAGGCCCAGCGCUGGUGCUGCACCCGCUGUGUCCUUUCCCCUUGUGCAGGGCAUGCCAUAUGUCACGGGUCAGUUCACGGGUGGACGUCCCAUGAUCCAGACGGGUGUUUUCUUCCGCUCCAUGACGCGUGUGCAGAACGAUCCCAAGUCGGGCGUGGCCAAGUAUAACUUUCUCCUCGAAGAUGGAACAACAUGGAUCGUGUAUGGAUAUGCGACUAGCGGCAGCAUGCUGGACCUCCAGCUUGUCAACCAGGGUCUCGCACAGAGCCGCAAUGCUUUCACUGGUGUCGUCCAGGUUGUCAAGAACCCUGGCGGCGCCGAUAGUGCGCUCGACGAUGGCGCUGGUAUCUAUCCCACAGGAGUGCGCCUUUCCGGCUCCGUCGCGGGCAGCUCUGGCAGUUACUCAUUGAACUUCAGCCGCGCUGGACACAGCCAGGGCAAAUUGUACAUGUAUGCGCUGCCUCACCACGUCGAGUCCUUCAACAGCGACACGGCGGGCCGCACCCAAAGUAUCAGGCUGGUCACCCUCACAAAGGGCCAGGCAAGGCUCGUCAGGGGAAGCUCGUGGACCAUGCUGGAGAACAGCAUCCCGACGAGCAUGGACUUUGCCCCGUGGGACGGAACGACGAAGAGGACUCUGUCGAAUGCUGCCAAAUCGGCCAUCCUGCCCAUUGCCCGCUCCGACAUCUCCCAGAACAUGGAUGCUCAGUCCAAUUUGGACUCCAUGUACUUUAGUGGCAAGGCGUUGGCCAAGUUUGCUCAGAUUGUCUACCUAACCAACGACCUUCUCGGCGAUGCUGGCCUGGCGCAAGCCGGUCUCAACAACCUCAAGGCUGCCUUCAACCGCUUCGCUAGCAAUAGGCAGCAAUACCCCCUGGUCUACGAGAGCGCAUGGGGUGGCGUUGUCUCUUCUGCCUCCUACACAACCGGUGACGCCAACGCGGACUUUGGCAACGCCUACUACAACGACCAUCACUUCCACUAUGGCUAUCAUAUUCUGGCCGCCGCGUACAUUGGGCACCUGGACCGCAACUGGAUUACCUCUAGCCGCGACUACGUUAACAUGCUCGUCCGCGACGUGGCCAACCCUUCCACCUCGGACACCUGGUUCCCUCAGUGGCGUAACUUUGACUGGUACCACGGCCACUCGUGGGCUCACGGCCUCUAUCCAUCCGCCGAUGGGAAGAACCAGGAAUCGUCCUCGGAGGAUACCAUGGCCGCCUAUGCUAUCAAGAUGUGGGGGACCGUUAUUGGCGACGCCGACAUGGUUGCGCGCGCUAACCUCAUGCUCGCCGUGCAGACACGCUCGUUCCGUAACUACUACUACUACGAGAAUAACAACCCGACGCAGCCCGCACGCUUCAUUGGCAAUAAGGUCGCCGGUAUUUUGUUCGAGAAUAAGAUCCACCACACGACCUUCUUCUCGCCGGAUAUCGAGGCCAUCCAGGGCAUCCACAUGAUCCCCGUCCACGGUCCGACUGGCCUAGUGCGCAAUAAGAACUUCAUCCGCGAGGAAUGGGAUGCCUUCUUCAGCAAUGGGCGGGUCGACCGCUUCGACAACCCCUGGAAGGGUAUCGCGUACGCGCAGUAUGCGCUGGUCAACCCGCAGACUGCCUGGUCCUUCUUUGCGUCCGGUAGCUUCCAGGACCGCUGGAUCGAUGGUGGUGCCUCCAGGUCGUGGUACAUGGCGUACGCUGCCGCCCUUGGCGGUGCGUAGGCGCACAACACCGUGAGAUACGUACGUGCACAACAUUGAGGAAAAGGGGGUCUGGCACUUAUCACUGUACUUGCAUUACUGUGGACAGCAUCUGCUAGCAAAGUCUUUGACCAGGCACAUGAGACAGCUUCAAGAUAUGCCCAGUACCUCUCACCAGUACCAUAUUGAACAAAAGAUUUAACGCUCUUCUGUCCAGGACUCCAGUCCCGAAACUCCGUACCAUUCCCCGCAUGGUCCCCAGACACUAUAUCCCUGAUGCAUGGGCCGUGCA